AUGUUGUCCCGGCCGAUCAGAACGCAGGCGCGACGCUCGUUGGCCAACGGCAGCGGCAGCAUGUCCAGCUUCUCCGGGACUCACUGUGGUAUUAGAACUGCUCCGGCCCUGCUGUGGACUCUGAAAAAGCAGCGGCGUCUCCAACAACAAGCAGCAUCGCUCCACGUAAAACCACAGGAAAUCACCCCUGAACUUCCUCCAGCAAAGGUCCCGCCCCCUGACGACGGCGCCGCUACAAAACCACAGAAGAAGAAGAAGACGAAGAAGGAAGGAGGAGACGAGGACAGAGGAGGCGAGGACGUAGGAAGCGAGGACAAGACGGUUAAAGCGAAGAAGAGGAGGAAGCUGAAGGACGGAUCGGACGGGAAGGACGGAAAGGAGGGAAGAGUCGGAGCUGACGAGGACGCAGAGAAGGACAGAGGAGAGAAGGAGACGAGCAAAGGAUCCUUCAGGACGUCGUCUCUGUUCAAGCACAACCCGGAGAUCCCCGACAUCAAGAGGUCCUCGGUGUCUCAGUUGAAGGAGGAGGUUUUCAGUAGUUCAUCUUUUGAGGACCUGGACCUCCAUCCCCACCUGGUGGCGACGCUGAAUAAAGUCCUGAACGUGUCGACCAUGACCAGUGUGCAGCAGAGGACCGUCCCCGUGCUGCUGUCGGGACGAGACGCCGUGGUCCGGUCCCAAACCGGAUCAGGAAAGACUCUGUCCUACGCCGUCCCUCUGGUUCAGUCUCUUCAGGCUCGUCAGCCCAAAGUCCACAGGUCCCAUGGUCCUUUGGCUCUAAUCCUGGUCCCCACCAGAGAGUUGGCUCUUCAGACCUUCCAGACUUUGCAGAAACUUCUAAAGCCGUUCAUGUGGAUCGUGCCCGGAGUGCUGAUGGGAGGAGAGAAGAAGAAGGCGGAGAAGGCCAGGCUGCGUAAAGGCGUCAACAUUCUGGUCGCGACUCCAGGACGUUUGGUGGAUCACAUCAAGAACACCCUGAGUCUGGCCUUCAGCGCCCUCUGCUGGCUGGUGCUGGACGAGGCGGACAGGACGUUGGACCUGGGCUUCGAGAAGGACCUCACAGUGAUCCUGAACUCUUUAAACUCGUCUGGAUCCAAGCGUCAGAAUGUUCUCCUCUCCGCCACCAUCUCCCAAGGAGUGACGCGAUUGGUCGACGUCUGUUUGAACGAUCCAGUCACGAUCCAGAGCUCCUCCGCCGCGCCGGUCCAAUCAGAGAGCUCCUCCAGCGCCGCCGUCCAAUCGGAGAGCUUCACUGUUCCCGAGGGCCUCAAACAGUUUGUGGUGAUUGUGCCCAGCAAAGUCCGUCUGGUCUGCCUCGCUGCGCUCAUCCUGGACAAGUGUCAGGUGAAUCAGAACAAGAUGGUGGUGUUCGUGUCGAGCUGUGAGGUUGUCGAGUUCCUCCAUCGCCUCCUGUCCUUCGUCCUGAACAAGCCCUCGGCCAAUCAGACGCUGAGUUUUCUGCGUCUCCAUGGCAACAUGAAGCAGGAGGAGCGUGUGGAGGUGUUUGGACAGUUCUCCAAGGCGCGCUCUGGAGUUCUUCUGUGCACGGACGUUGCAGCUCGAGGACUCGACUUGCCUCAGGUCUCGUGGAUCGUUCAGUUCACGGCGCCGGUGUCGGUGGCGGAGUACGUGCACAGGGCGGGCAGGACGGCGCGGGCGGGGCACAGCGGGCACAGUCUGCUCCUCCUGGCGCCGCACGAGUCCAGCUUCAUCCCAGAACUGAACCGGCACCGACUGGACCCGGAACCACUGCCCCUCACAGACCUGCUGUCAGUACUGCUGAAGGACGAGCGCUACCAGGGCAGAGGAAAGUACCACAGCCAGAGUUCAGAAAAAGCUCGUGAGCAGGAGAUCAGGGAGAGAGCCACAGUUCUACAGACCGAGUUUGAAAACUUUGUCCACUCGGACCCAGAGAGACUCAGCGCCGCCAAGAGAGCUCUGCAGUGUUUCCUCCGGGCCUACACCUCGUACCCCUCUCACCUCAAACACAUCUUCCACAUCCGACACCUCCAUCUGGGCCACAGCGCCAAGAGCUUCGGCCUGAGGGACGCUCCACGAGGGCUGGGAGAGGCCACCAGGAGCUCCAAGACCGGAAAGAGACCGGAGAAGAGGCAGGACAAGAGGACAGGAAAACCACAGCCAUGGAAGAAGAAUCAGAAGGAGUCGGGAGCAAAGAAGAAGAGGUGGAGCGGCUCUCACAGAGACUCAGACCUGCUCCGCUCAGAGUUUUCCUCUGGACUUCAGCCCAAGACCAAGAAGAACCGCUCCAAGACUCAGGAGGAACCGGGGCCAGGGGAGUCCUGACCUGGUUUAGAUCUGGACGAGUUCUGCUUUAGUCCAGGACUUUUAUACGAACUCUGGUGAAUGCUGUGACGUGUGAGAAAAAGAAUCUGAAAAAUACUGUAAAUGAACUUUUAAAAUAAAUAUUGUCUGUCUGUUUCUGUGA